AUGCACCACGGCCCAAUCCAUGCAUCCGAGCUUGAGAAGAUGCAGAGGAGGCUUUGGCAUCGUGUGAUCUACUUGGUGCCCCUGAGCCCACCUCCGUCGGAGGAUGGAAUGCUCUUCAGCUGGGGCUGCACAUUUACCAAGACCCAGAACCGCAAGGACCUGGGAUAUGUCAAUGGAGACCUCCACCGACCAUUCCUGGAGGCGCUCACAUCGAAGGUUACUGAAGCCGCCGAGUACUUCAAUGCCGAGCGUGUCAUGGCCAUGGGGUACAGCAUGGGCGGUUUCGGAGCUCUCCAGCUUGGCUCCUUCGCCCCACAGGCCUACGACGUCAUCGUGUCGGUAGCCGGCUACGGCAUGGGUACGCUCGAACCCACAGAGCGAUCGGGAGCUCCGCAGCCGAAAGGGCGUAAGGUUUUCGAGUGGUUCCUGAACGAUUUCAUCUCCCAUCUGAGAGACGUACCUAUCGUCCUCGGCGUCCAUGCACCCGCCGACACCAUGUCCAGCUUUGCCGAU